AUGCUGCUGCCCCUGCUGCUCUGCCUCCUGCCCAGCGCCCUGCUGCCCCCCGGCGCCUGCACGACGGCCCGGAAGUCCCCGUCCAAGAAGUGCAGCUCCCUGCAGUUCUGGCACCAGGAGGCGCAGGCCUGCAUCCCCUGUGAGAACGGCUACGCAAACAAAGUCCCACUGCACGGACUGGAAUUCACCGUGAACUGCGGCGUGAGGGACACAGGCGGCCGCUUCGCAACUCCCACCCGGGAGUGUCCAUCCAAAUCCUUCAACGAUGGGCGAUUCCUGCUGUGCCAGCCCUGCUCCCAGUGCCCGCCCGGCACCGAGCUCAGCCCCUGCACCCGCCUGCAGGACGCCCGGUGCUGCCCCCCCGGGCAGCGGCGGGGGCCGGAUGGGAGGUGCCGGCCCCUGUGCUGCUUCCCCGCCGAGCAGUGUCACCCUGCGGUCCGGGCUGACAUCGACUGCAACAGCCCAGCGAAGGCUCCCGGUGCCGAGUCUGCUGCCUCCCUCCCGCCGUGCUGGCCUGGGUCCUCCACUUGGCUUCCGUCUGCAGAGGGACUGGGGAGCCCUACUUCGCCCCCCACCUCUGGGACCCCUGGAGCGCCCGAAUCUUGCAGCGACACAGCAGGCUAUGGGGAAUAUGUCGCUCUUCUGACACUGCUGCUGCUGCUGGUGGUGGUGCUGCUGACUGGGGCCUUCGCCCUCCUUGUCUGGACAAAGCGUGGCUGGUGCCCCCACCAGGCCUCCAGCUCCAUGGUUAAGCCCAAUCUGCUGCUUCAUCCCCAGAGUGCAGAGGAGACAUCUGGCAUCAUAGCACCCACCAUUGGCCAUGCAGGCCUGUGGGGGGCACCACUGCAGCACCUGCUGGAUGACCCGGAUGUGCUAGAGGAGCUGAUCAUGCUGCUGGACCCUGAGGGCAAGGCCGGGGCAGGCACCCGGCACCUGGCUGCCCGGUACGGCCUCUCAGCCACCUGGAUUGACUAUGCCUAUUCCCUGCGCAGCACGCGCAGUCCCCUGCGGGCCACCCUGGAGACAGUGGCUGCCCGCCAGCCUGAUGCCACACUGGGGCAGCUGGCUGGGCUGCUGGCUGCCAUGGGGCGCAUGGAUGCCCUACAGGUGCUGGAGGGGGUGCAGGUGGGGGUGUGAGGUGCAUGCCUGGACUGACAUGCAAUGCCCCUGCCAGCCACAGGAAGGAAAUGAGCCAGGACCUUGUUCACACUGCCCUCCAGUCUCUAGCUAUGCCACCUCACUAUCCCAUCUAUGCUCCUCCACAAGAAUCACAAGGCAGCUGGGUUCUCAGCUGUCAGCCUCCCCCUGGGGGGGGGCAGGGGGAAAUCCACCAAGAACUGUCAAGGAGUGUAGUUAGAGUGAAGACCAGGACACCUGGGUUGCCAGGUGGCUGGGGGCAGCUGUUAGAGCAGGCCUGGCCCCCACCACUGGAGGAGAGUUGACAGUCAAUCAGGCAGAGGGGCUGCCCUCCCCCACCUAGUCUCAGCCUAUGGUGCAGACAGUCACAUCAAAGGGCAGCAAGAGGCACCUAAGCCACAUUGGAGACCUUGACCCCACCCCCAGCCCAGGAGACAGUAACUGACUGAUGCAGGACAGGAGCAUCUGGUAACUGCCACACUGCAGCAACCCAGGGGGACAGCUUGCCCAGUACUGAGAUGGGGAACAGCUGCACAUAAUGCCACAUGGGGCCAGUCCCUGCAAUGAACCUGGCCCGAGCAGCAGGCACACGCCCUGAAAGUGUCUAAGGAGUCAGCGGCCGCUGCCCAGUGGAACUCUGCCUGGAGGCGUGAGACUAGGGAGCAAUGGGAAUAGUUCCUACAGGCGCAGAGCACCCCCCUCGGCCAGCAGCCUCCUCCUGGGG